UUUUACAGUCAGUCUUCGUUCCACAUGAUGGCUAGGCCUUAGACAUGGUCAGAAAUGCUUCAGACUAUAUUUAACUAAAUAGGAAGAUAGAAAACUUCAUUCAGGACAGACAGUGAAGAAAACAUUUUGUGAGAAUCUCACCAUGGAAGGAGAUCCUUCAGGACUCUCCGAUGGCUCAAGCUCAGGAUCUGCCCAAGGCUCCCCUCAGGAGAAGACGGACCUCUAUGCUUUACAGGAAUACAUUCUAAACCUCACUGAGGAGGAUUGGAUGGUUUUCAGCAGCAUGCUGCAUACUCCUAUGACAAGGAUGCAGUUUACUGAACUGUGCAUGGCCGUCAUGAAGAUUGUGAGCCUGAGCUCCAUUACUGUUAUUCUGCCAGCAUAUGUCUGUGUGGCGAAGGACGUAGAAGCUUUGGCCAGCAGAUCCUCAACGCCCACAACCUUCUCAGUCAUGACCUCGACUGAAAGGUCUCCAUCAUCAGCGCCAUACCGUAGUUCACGAGCCACAUCUCCCAACUCGCUGGUGACUGAUGAGAGUAGUGCCUCCUCCUCUUCACCUGAAGUGGCUGGUGGACCUGUGAGUGAGUUGGUGCGCAGGAUGAAAGGUGCCCUGGCAACCUUGCGUAAAUCGGUCUAUGGCUCUGCCUGCACUGAAGCUACUACGGUGGCGCAGCAUGGAGAUACAUCCCAUGAUCUGACGUGCAUCACUACAAUCCUGGAACAGCUGGUAUCCAGUGGAAGCAUUCACCAGAUCGCCAGAAACCUUGUCAGUCAGGUUCAGGGUGUUCUUCACGACAGUAGUCCAACCUCAAUUCCUGUGGCUGCCGGCAAAAGCGUUUCAGAUUCCGUCCUUUAUGCAACGGUAAAGAGAUCUCCGAAGCGGACAUUAAGCGCCUCUCGUUUAGUUUACACGUAUGCUGAGGAGGCCAUCAAGAAUUUGCUGCAGCCAUACUUACUCCCCCUUGUGACAUGGAAAGCAGGUGAAGAUAUGGCCUCGUCCAAAAUGUCCUCCAGCUCUUAUGCCAGCAGUCGCCCACGUAGCUCUCUGGAUCCUUCCAGACCUAAUACUGCAACUUGGGAUCGAGACACCACGUCCCCUUCACGUGCUUUUAGUGAAGUUGCAGAUCUCUUCACUCGAGUCAUGACUUUCCAAGUAAUGGACAUGGUUGAUUCCGAGCUAAAGAGACAUGCCCAGGUUAGGUUGUCAUCCCCUGACAAAGAGAAAAGUGUCACUGAGGGAGAAGUUCCCCAUCUGGUUGAUGCAGUCCCAGGUCACUAUGGCGGGCUGUUUUCUGGAUUGAUCAAGAGGUUCUUGUCAGAAUUGUGCUAUUCUGAAUCUGCUCCCUCUAAUGCAGAGGACAAUGUCAGAGGCACACCGUCAUCCCCUAGGAGCCAGAGCACACGAUCUGGCACUGCAAGCUGUGAGUCAAAGUCUGCCUCACAAAAACUUAAAAACGUGUUAGGGCUGUUCACCAGGCUGAUGGUUAGCCAAGUAAUGGAUAUCGUUCAGGUGGAGUCGACAGUGGAACUGGAGCAGCCUCAUAGCUCAGCAAGCAGACCAUCAAGCUCUAAAUUCUCUGAUCAGCUCACCAGUUUGCACUCAGAUGCCAUCACUGAUGGAGACAUAACUGCGUGUUCUUCCCCUGUGGCCUCUGUGGUUGGUUCGGGCAGCAGUGACAAUGGCUGCUUGGUCACUGUUCUAAUGCUAAGACUGUUGGCCAAACUCAGAGAUCAACCAACUGCUUCUGCUGACGUGAUGGACUCCUCCAGGGAGUUGAUUGAGAAAAUCCUCUCUGAGUUCAGCAGCCAUUCAGGAAGUCUAAACUUCUACACUUAUCCGGGCAACGUAAAGAUUCAGGCAAUGUACCAAACCAUGGAUAAGUUCCUCCUGAAGGAGUUUGGACCUGAGGCUGUCCUGCAGAGAGCAGUGGAGACACAGGAUGUGUCCUUUGAUAACAUCUUGCUCACAGCACUGAGGAGGGAACUGCUGCCCCAGGGUGAUGCUAAAGCCACUUCUGUCCCAAGUGCUGCACCCUCCUUUGAGCCUGUGCCGGGAGCAGCAAAUGGGCAAACUGCCAGGGAGAAGCCCAAAAGGAGACUCAAUAUAAAGAUGCCAAAACUAGGCAGCAAGAAGGUGUCUCCCACUAAGGUCUUUUCAGACUUUACCGGUGUAAGUGUAGAGACCCCUGCCCAUCAUACUCCAUCCGUGUUCUCUUCUGGCCAGAGGACUCGCAAACGUUCCUUUUUUAGCAGGAUGUUCACUUCACAAGGUUCAUCAGAACCGUGAACAAUUAUUUUCUUGAAAACAUUAUUUUGCUGAUUGUUCUGAUUUAUGUGCCUUAUCGCUCCCUUAUCCCCUCAUGCCCCCCCCCCC